UAGCCGAGCCAACGACGGUGGACGCUCAAUUGUUUGAAGCGGCGCUUGAUGGCUGCGUCGAUGAUGUCAUGGCGCUGCUCGACCAAGGCGCCGACGUCACGUGGACCGACGAGGACGGCGCAACGCCGCUGGUUGCGGCCUCCAUCAUGGGCAACGACGAGGCUGUGGCGGCGCUGCUUGCGGCUGACGCGGCCGUCGACCACGCAAACAACGAUGGCUUUACGGCGUUGAUCAUGGCCGCGCAGAGCGGCCACCAUCCUGUCGUGAUGUUGCUCUUGGCCGCCAACGCCGCUGUGGAUCUUGCAGACAACACGGGGGCGACAGCGCUCUUCCUUGCGGCGCAAGAAGGCCAUGCCGACGUCGUCGCCAGCCUCUUGGCCGCGCACGCAUCAGUUAACCAGCCCAUGGAGGACGGGCAACACCCCUCGCUAUCGCUGCACAGAAUGGCCACUCGGCCAUUGUGGUCACGCUCUUGGCAGCCGGCGCCGACGUGAGCCUCGCCAUGGACAAUGGCGUGACCCCCCUUUUUUGGUCGCGCAGAACGGACCGGACGACAUCGUCGAGGCGCUUCUCGAGGC